CGAAUUUUCUCACCAGUGAAAUCAAGAAAUCAGUCCGAUACAGUCGAGGAUGUGCUACCCGUGCGGACGGAAUAUCUGAAUUCUCAAACUAUUCAUAUUGCGAUGGCCGAUAAUCCGAAGGCGUUUGCGUACAUAUUUGAGUUCUCGACAAUGAGCACAUCGCCAGAUGAUUGGAUGUUUGCGGGUGCGUCAGUAAGACCAGAAGUCACAUUCACAAUACCGGAUCCGUGUCGAGACUAUCAAUUUCGGGUUUUAAUUGUUCUACGCUCGACGAAUCCAGCACACCAAUUGAUGGUCUUACGACCACGAGCAAUUAAAGUGGAACUGCCCGAAUUCGUUGUAGACACCGAAAAUGUUGGUGACCGUUCGCAAUCCAACAGCACAGCUUUUCAGAUUGCUGCCUCGAUGAUAAAUCACGCUUUCCUUGAAUUGCAUUCAAUAGGAACCUCUAUUCAUUUUCGAAUGGAUUUUCGUUCUCUUUGCAGUCUUUUAUUUACAUAUAACACGUGA